CCGCUGAGGCUGCCUGCCCUCCACUGAGGGGGCUGCUGCCGCUGAGGCUGCCUGCCCUCCACUGAGGAGACUGCUGCCGCCGCGGAGGCUGCCCGCCCUCACCGAGACAGCAGCAGCAGCCGCCGCCGCCACUGAGGCUGCCGGCCGUGCCCUCAUUGAAGCGGCCGUCGCCGCCGCCGCGUUACUGGGAGCGAUCGUGCCGCUGCGACAGGGGAGGACGGGGCUCGGCGCGCAGGGAGGAGGCGCAGUGAGCAUGCGCCGGCCGAGCCGCUGACUGGGUUCUCGGUCGAGGUACCGAAGCAAAAAAAAAAAAAAAAAAAAAAAAAAAAGGGGGGGAAAAAUAAAGAAAAAGGAAAGGAUCGCGAGAAAGAAUGAAAAACGGCAGAGGAAAAUAAUAGUAAAAAAAAAGGUUCUAAAAGAGACCGCCAGGAUAAAGCAGCCCUCGGUCGGCGGGAAGGAGCAGCUCUGGCAUGUGGGGAUCGCCGGCACCAACAGAUAUUUUGAUGGCAUGACAAAUCAGAAAGAAGAGGAUGUACUGUAUGACUAGACACAAGAUCAGUUCUGUUUGUGGAUUACAUUUUCAGUAAGAUGUAUGGAUCUAUUUUUUCCUUGUUCUUAUAUAUAGAUCAUGAGACUUGACUGAGGCAAUAUACAUAUCAUCCAUCCAUCUAUGGCGAACUACAGCCAUGCAGCUGACAACAUUUUACAAAAUCUCUCUCCUUUAACAGCUUUUCUGAAACUGACUUCACUGGGUUUCAUAAUAGGAGUCAGUGUGGUGGGUAACCUUCUGAUCUCCAUUUUGCUAGUCAAAGAUAAGACCUUGCAUAGAGCUCCUUACUACUUCCUGUUGGAUCUUUGCUGCUCAGAUAUCCUCAGAUCUGCAAUUUGUUUUCCAUUUGUUUUCACCUCUGUAAAAAAUGGCUCUACUUGGACAUAUGGGACUCUUACUUGCAAAGUGAUUGCCUUUUUGGGGGUUUUGUCCUGCUUUCACACUGCUUUCAUGUUGUUCUGCAUAAGCGUCACCAGAUACUUAGCUAUUGCCCACCACCGUUUUUAUACGAAAAGGCUGACCUUCUGGACUUGUUUGGCCGUGAUCUGUAUGGUGUGGACCCUCUCUGUAGCCAUGGCUUUCCCCCCAGUUUUAGACGUGGGCACCUACUCGUUUAUUAGGGAGGAAGACCAAUGCACUUUCCAGCAUCGUUCCUUCAGGGCUAAUGAUUCCUUGGGAUUUAUGCUUCUCCUUGCCCUUAUCCUCCUAGCCACACAGCUUGUCUACCUCAAGCUGAUAUUUUUCGUUCACGAUCGCAGGAAAAUGAAGCCAGUCCAGUUUGUUGCAGCAGUGAGCCAGAACUGGACUUUUCAUGGUCCUGGAGCGAGUGGUCAAGCAGCUGCUAAUUGGCUGGCUGGAUUUGGAAGGGGUCCCACACCUCCAACCUUGUUGGGAAUCAGGCAAAACGCGAACACCACAGGCAGGAGAAGGCUACUCGUUUUAGAUGAGUUCAAAAUGGAGAAGAGAAUCAGCAGAAUGUUCUACAUCAUGACAUUCCUCUUUCUGACCUUGUGGGGUCCCUAUUUGGUAGCCUGUUACUGGAGAGUUUUUGCAAGAGGGCCUGUAGUACCAGGGGGAUUUCUAACGGCCGCUGUCUGGAUGAGUUUUGCCCAAGCUGGAAUCAAUCCUUUUGUCUGCAUUUUCUCCAACAGGGAGCUGAGGCGCUGUUUCAGCACAACCCUUCUUUACUGCAGAAAAUCCAGGUUACCAAGGGAACCUUACUGUGUUAUAUGAGGGAGCAUCUGUAAAUCUUUAGCCUUGUGAAACACUACCAUUCUCUGCUAAGCAAUUGUGGCCUGUAGCCAUGUCUUGAGAAGAAAAUCAAGAAUGGGAUGUCAGCAGUUGUAAGGAUUUGGGCAACAUUCUGCAGUCUUUGCAAUAGCUCACCUCUAAUCCUAUUUUAAACCUAAACAUGUUCCUGCUGACCACUGCUGAAGGUUUGUAAUUAAGAACAAAGGACUGAACUACUGCCCUGAAUUCCUUUAUGUGGUUGAAAUCUAGAUUAUGAAAGUAGCAGGUGCUAAGUAUCAGUGCUAAAUGCUGUGUAUAUCACUACAUAAAAUAAGACCAUCAAAAAGAUUAGCAUUGGACAUCUUAAUAAAUUAAGUUGAUAUGAGGUUAAUGUGUUGAUAAAACUAAUUUUAGACAUCUGAAGACCUUUAAAACAUUUCAUACGAUUAUUGUUUUGCAAAGACUGAAAACUGGGGACUCAAGUACUGUAACUGAUUAAAGAUGUGCCAUGCAUUAUUCGAUUAUCACACUUACAAAUCUGUUUGCCUUGUGAGUAAGUUUUGGGGAGCAUUCCAAAGCAGUAUUUUUGUUCAGAUUUAGACUUUACUUUUUUUUUCCAAAUAUAUUACUCUUUCUAAAUACCAUUUUCCUUAACAGUGAAAUUACUAACAUUUAACUGUAUUCUGUGGUUUUUGCUGAUUUGGUAUAAAGUUUAAUAGACUCUUAUUUAUAUUUUUUAAAAAGCUAGAUAUCAGUCUGUUAGGCAACGUUAAUGAUAAUAUCCAGUCGAAUUGAACAGUUAUAAUUCUACAGAAUAAACACAUGUUGCCUUAAAGGGUUAUCUAGUAUCUUCCAUUUUGUUUAGCAUUGAAGCAAAUAAGCAAGGAAAAUUGAACCAAUAACUCUGGUCAGUCAUUUGGGAGUGCAUGAAAGAUCACUUAGUCCUCUUUUUUCCUUUUUACUCCAAUGGUUCCCAAAAUCAGUAUGCACAUCACUGGGAUGAUAUGAUUUUUUUCUAGGUGUGCCGCCCUUUCUAGUUUGUUCUGAGAAACACAGGCAGUUGAUGUAUGUUUAUAUUUUAAGACAGCUGUCAUGGGGAGACCGCAGCCUUAGUAUGAUAUCUUGCACAAUUUGUGAAGCAUUUAUUCUACUGAAGGCACAGUCUUGUUUAUAUUUUCUGCACAUUUUGGUGUAUUGGUUGUUUUAAAUUAUUUAAGUUUUAACUUGUGAAAGCAUAUAAUAUGAUUUCUUAGUAUUUUAGAAAUACA